GGCAGCGGCCGGGCGGCUGCGGGGUGAAGGCUGCGGGCUCGGCCCGGCUCGGCUCGGCCCGGCCCCGGCGCGGCACAUGGACGGCUCGGCGCGGGAGCGGCCAGGGCCACGCCGGGGAGGUGCCUCCCCCCCCCUCCGGUCCGCACCCGGCUCCCACCGCGAAGGCGAGAUGGAGGAUGGCAUUUGCAAACAGGAGAUGCUCCAGAAGAAGAAUGCUGUUUUGGUGGAUGGGGUCGUCCUAAAUGGUCCAAUAACAGACUCAAAAGCAGGAGAGAAGUUUGUGGAAGAGGCCUGUAAUAUUAUAAUGGAAGAAGUCAUCCAGAAAGCUGAUGAUGUAACAGAAAAGGUUUGUGAAUGGCGAGCCCCCGAAACAUUGAAGCAGAUUCUUGACCUGGAAAUGAGGGACGCUGGAGAAUCUCAUCAGAAACUCUUGCAACUCUGCCGGGAUGUUAUACAAUACAGCGUCAAAACCAGUCAUCCAAGAUUUUUCAACCAGCUGUAUGCUGGAAUAGAUUAUUACUCGUUAGUGGCUCGUUUCAUUACAGAAGCACUGAACCCAAGUGUAUAUACAUAUGAAGUAUCCCCUGUGUUUCUGUUGGUGGAAGAAGCAGUCAUCAAGAAAAUGAUUGAGUUCAUAGGCUGGGAAGAAGGUGAUGGUAUAUUUAAUCCAGGUGGCUCUGUUUCUAAUAUGUAUGCUAUGAACUUAGCAAGAUACAAAUUUUGUCCUGAGAUAAAGGAAAAAGGACUUUCAGGUUUGCCAAGACUAGUCCUGUUCACUUCAGAAGAGUGUCAUUAUUCCAUGAAGAAGGCAGCCUCCUUCCUGGGUAUUGGUACAGAGAAUGUUUACUUCAUCAAAACAGAUGAAAGAGGUAAGAUGAUACCUGAGGAACUGGAGAAACAAGUCCAACGGGCCAGGAAAGAGGGGUCAGCACCAUUUCUUGUCUGUGCUACAGCAGGCACAACAGUGCUGGGAGCAUUUGAUCCUCUGGAUAAAAUUGCCGAUAUCUGUGAAAAGCAUGGCCUCUGGCUUCAUGUUGAUGCUUCUUGGGGUGGGUCGGCUUUGAUAUCAAGGAAGCAUUGCAGACUUCUUAAUGGCAUCCACAGGGCUGAUUCUGUCGCCUGGAAUCCCCAUAAAAUGCUGUUGGCAGGAAUCCAGUGCUGUGCUCUUCUGGUGAAAGACAACUCUGGCCUCCUGAAGAAGUGUUACUCUGCCAAGGCUGCAUACUUGUUCCAGCAGGACAAGUUCUACGAUGUCAGCUAUGACACUGGUGACAAGUCCAUUCAGUGCAGCAGGCGUCCGGAUGCCUUCAAAUUCUGGCUGAUGUGGAAAGCAUUGGGAACCACAGGCCUUGAGGAGAGAGUAAACAGGGCACUGGCUUUGGCUAGAUACCUAGUGGAGGAAAUUAAGAAAAGAGAGGGAUUCCAGCUUCUUUUGGAGCCGGAGUAUGCAAAUGUUUGCUUUUGGUACAUUCCACCAAGCUUAAGAAAAAUGGAGGAUGGACCUGAAUUUUGGCAGAAGCUACACCAGGUUGCUCCUAUAAUUAAAGAAAGGAUGAUGAAGAAGGGCAGCAUGAUGCUUGGGUACCAGCCUCACCAGGGCAAAGUCAACUUCUUCCGCCAGGUGGUGAUCAGCCCGCAUGUUCGUCGAGAGGACAUGGACUUCUUGCUGGAUGAAAUUGAACUGCUUGCUAGGGACUUGUAGCUGUAGCUUCACAGCACCAGGCGCUGCUCACGUGUGGUAGUUAUGGAGAGAGGAUGGCAGCAGCAUUCUGGUGCUAUUUGCUGAAAGGUAGUAAAAAGCUUGACAUAUAGUUUGGAAACUGUCAUUUUACAGAGUGAUGUUGAGAGCCUUGCAGGUAGAACACCCCUUUGCAGGAAAGUAUUUGCUGAUGAAGGCUGAGAGUGGCCGGGGGCAGGCCGGUGCUUGCAGCACCACUGCCAUUCUGGGAAGUGUUUCCUCGAGAAGGGAGCACUUCUGAAAAUGGUGUCUAUGUCCCAGGGAGGGCAGCUAUUUAUGGGGUGCCUGUGCAUAGUGUAGCUCAAACUGGUCACAUAUGCAGGCAGUACUCCUCUGAAGUUACUGUUAGGAGUGGAUUUAGCUCAGUGAGCCUUAAAAUGCAAGUUAAUACUCUGUCUACUCUGUCAAUAUUUUAGUUUGGUAUGUGUUUAAGGGUAGAGGCCUGGUUGGUAAUUACACUGAUAAAACUGGAAAUUGUGGACUUACAUGAAGAGUUCCUCAAGGCCCCUAACUAGGUGGAUUGCCCAGGUUUUCCACUGUGAGCACAGGCAGACAGUAGAAUGGGGCUCGGUGGGGUUGUGCAGUCGCCAUCCCGGGAGGUUUGCAGGAUCCCCCUGCACAAAGCCCCAAGCAACCGAUAUUGACCCUGGUUAGAGCAGGUCAAACUACAUGACCUAUUAAGGUCCCUUCUAACGUACAGGAUUUUGUGAUUCUGUGAAAUAUAAUUAUUGGGCCCAGUCAGUGUUUGCCAGUGUUGCCCACCCAAAAUAUCACCACCACUUUAGCAGAGCUGAGAAUAUUGGAAUAGCACUUAGAACUUCUUACCUCUUUGUUAACAGGAGUUACCUAUCAUUUCUGAACUGCUGCUUAUCUUCCUCUAUUUUUAAAGUGUAAAGAUUUAUUUAGGAGCUUCUAGAUGCACUUUAAAAUUAUAACAGAGAAAAAAAUAAAUGUAUUUACCUGAAAGAUAUGUAUUUUUUAUGCAUGGUGACUGUAUAUUAAGAAUAUAGCAAAAUUACUUAUUUGUCAUCGUCCGUUUGUAUUUUCCUACAGAUUUGAAAUGACUUGAUCUUAUGUUAUCAGUGUAUAAUUUAUAUUUUGACACUGAAAGUAAGGUGGUGGUGAUCAGAGAAGGCCUGUCUGUGAUUUUAGGAUAUGAACAGCUUGAACAUUUUUGGUCAAUCUUAACUUGCAAAACUAAGUUCUAAACUUUGUCUUUGUGUUAACAAUUACAGUAUACUUUUGAUCUGUUUUUAUUCUAUAAAAUGAUCCAUUUUAUAGAGAUAGAAAUGUAUUUCUUGGGGUGAAGUUCUUGCAGCAAACUAAUGGAAAUAACCAUGUCUUUCACUUUGUAAUCAACACCUUUUUAACCUCAAUGUUUUGAUGUUUGUUCCUUAUUCUGUAUUUGAGGUAGCACUGACCAAUAUGAACCUUUCUGCUAUAAUGUUUUCUGUCCCGCUGAAAGCUGUCUUUGAACACAACGCUUUCUUGUUUUCAUUUCCUACAUUGUAUCAGGAUCCAACAUUGCGUGACAUUCCUACUUCCAGGGUGAUGGUGUGGAAAGUUUAACAAGGUUGUGAUAACCAAGGAGAUCACACUAUCAGAGCAGUAGAUAGGAGCAAGAAUCACCCUGCAGCACUUGACAGAUGCCUUUAACAGUGUCCUGGAAGUGAAAUUCUUGUGCUAUUGUAGUGAUCACUGGACUUUAAGCCAAACCGCACAUUGACAUUAAUAUAAAAAUUAAUAUCACAAUGUGGCCCCUGGAUUCUGCCCUGUAAUACCCACAGAUAACUUUGUCAUUUAUUGUCUUGUGCUUCUGGCUAUACCAGCUAUCAUGAUCUUGGAACGCCCCUAACUAAAACUCAGGGCCCAAAAGGCUUAUUUAGCCUCCCAGCCACUCCGGGUGGAGUGCAGAGUACCCAAGGGGUGCUGGAUUGAUGGAUGGGAUGACUUUGCUGUUGCUUCUUGAGUUAGACGGGACUGUUACCCCUUCUCCUUCUCUUUUUUGAUGUUGAAGGGAAAGACAGAAUACAGUGUCAGGAUGUUUUGAUUAUGGUCCGGAUUCUUGGUGAGUACUUGAUUUUUGAUUCAGGGGGCGCUAUGUCACCUUCCAUCAGCUAAGAAUUUGGUCCGUGGUGUUUUGUGACACCACUACUAUCAAAAAAGUGUUAGUCUUGUUUCUCUUCAUGUUGUUAGUGCAUUUCUCUGUUUCCAGAUACUGUGACACUUAGGGUGCAUGUCAGACUGAAGUAACACAGUUCCUUUCUGUAGCAGUAGUGGCUAUAGUAUUUUUAAAUGACAGCAAAAGGGAACUUUUUUAAUGUUUGCAGAAAAUAGGUCUCCGAUCAACAUGUGCACUGAUUACUUCAAAGGUAUAGGUUAACCUUCCAGUGUGAUGUGAGUACGUUAUCUAAUCUCCAUACGUUUUCUAUUACUUUUGACCCUUUGUCAUGUCCCAGGCGCGCAAUAUGAUGGUCUCAUUUCAGGAGUAAUGUCAUUUUCUCAUAGUUGCCUGUUUAGGACUAGUAUGUACAAAAUGUCUAUUUUAUUAAGCUGGUGUUAAUAAAAAGUGAAGUAAAUGGCACCCUUAUAAA